AUGGAAGCUGGCACCUCUUUGCGCUAUUUUAGUGGCGAAGACUGCGACCAUAGAGAGUACAGAAGAUGGAAACAAUGGGCUUUGAACAAGAUACGCACCAUGGACAAGCUUCCUGACGAAGCCAGAGGCUCGUUCCUGUGGACGCUUCUGACCGGCCGUGCUCUGGAGGUGGUUGAGCAUUUGAAGGAAAGUGACUACCAAGUCAAGGGCGGCGAGAAGACCAUCCUCGACCUCCUUGACAGGAGAUGGCCAGAGCUCGAUCGCACAGACGAGAUCGGCGAGAACAUCGCCGAUGUGUUUGCUCUCAAAGCCCGGGAAGGUGAGAGCAUCCGACAGUGGUGCGCCCGCUCUCGGGAAUGCUUCGACAAGUGUGCCCGCAAGACGGGCGUCAAGUUCCCAGAAGAGGCCCGUGGCUGGAUCCUGCUCAAUUGCAGCGGGAUGAACGAGGAACAACGUGCCGUCUGUUUGGCAAGAGCCCAAGGUGAGCUGAAGUUCGACACACUCUCGCAGUCGAUGCGGUCGUGCUUUCCGGAAUACACCGUUCCGAAGAGACGAACCGCUGCAGCGCAUGUCGUCGAAGACCAGCCCUCCAGUUCAGCUCAUGAAGAACAGCGUGAAGACAACUUCCAGGACGUGGAGCUGUUCCUUGCUGAGCAUGGGAUGCACGAUUCAGCUGACCUGGAGGACCCAGCUGAAGACGAAGGAUAUGAUGAAGAGGCUGUCGCCGAGAUUCUGGCCGCCACCUGGCGGGAGAAGCGAGCUGAGCUGAACAUGGUCCAGAAGGGCCGGAAGUUUUCUGCUCCUGAUCCUCGGCGAGCUGGUGGAACUGGAAAGGACUUCAAGCGUUCGUUCCGUGUCCAGGUUGAAGAGCUCAAACAACGUACACGCUGCCGUCGCUGUGGCAAGAUUGGACACUGGCAGAGGGAAUGCAAAGCCCCAGCCUCUGCAACCAUUGGAUCAGCGGCUUCUCAAACGAGUCACGCUGCUGGAGCCGUACAAGUUGUGGGGACUGAGCUGCCCGAGCAUUUCAUAUGCACUGCUGCAGCCUGUCCUGAGACAGAAGUGUUGUUGGUGAGCAGCCCUGGUUUCGCAGUGUUGGACAGUGGAUGUGGGAAGACCAUUAUUGGCCGUUCCACACUGGCGGCCUUUCAAGAGAUCUGGCGCCGGCAUGGAGUUCCACAGCCUGCGGAAAAGCCGGAACAGAACUGUUUUCGUUUUGGAAAUGGUGAACAAGAAGUCAGCCAGACCAUCGUGGAUCUUCCAGUAUUUUUGGCUGGACGUCCUGGCUAUGUGAAAGCCGCCGUGGUGAAAGGGAAGGCACCUUUGCUUCUGUCGAGACCAGCUUUGCAAAAGCUGCAGGCCCGCUUAGACUUCGACCGAGAUCGUUUGACCUUGUUCGAAGGUCAGUUCGAAGUGCCUCUGGAAGUGAACAGCGCCGGCCAGUACACGAUUCCUGUCACGGCAUUUCCACCGAAUGCUCAAGCCCUGUUUCCUGCGGAAGAGCAACUCAAUAUCAUGCAUUGGAAGGCCAAGCAGCACCGUCAGCUGAUGGCACAAGUGACCGCUGGGACUUCCGACGCCGAGCUGAUCGUGAACAGCUCAAGCAUCAUGUCCAGGUGGCGCCUUGAUCCACAAGGCAUGCCAUCCGAGAUCAUUUGUGAUCCGCACCGUGCCAACAUCGCAGAUGCUUUUUCGUCCAUCCUUGAACAGGGCGGCGCCACGUUUAAGCUGACUGCGGCCGACGCCCAUUGGCAGUUAGGCCGACACGCCGACGUCUUCACCAGAAAGACGGACCCGCAGCUCUAUACCGGCCGAGUCGCAGAGUCCGAAGAGUGCUUCAAGCUUGUGCUGAAAGCACGCCAGUGUGGAGUAUGGGACGAGAUCCUGCGCCGAGUUCGAGAUUAUGAAGACAUCCUUCUGGAUGAAGCAUGGUUGGGUGAGAAAUCCGGCCCCAUGAGCGACGGUGCCAAGCGUUUGAGGGAUGAGAAACCUUGCUCAACCGCUCCGACUUACAGCGGUGGAUCCAUGGCCUUGGCCACAGCUGCCCCGAUGCCAUCGACAGCAAAGAUGCCCGGCACUCCGUACGCCGAAGCUGACAAGUACCCACCAGGCAUUUCCAGCCUUGAGCAAUGGGGAAAGUGCAUGAUUGCUUUUGGUAAGUACAAGGGAGCCUUGUCGUAUUCUGAGCUGUUCGAAGGAACCGCCGACGGAAUGGCUGGGUACCGUGCCUGGUGCCUGAACCAUGCUCAGUCCGGCUCCGCUGCUCUCAAGGACUUGGUUGCGUACCUUGAGAUUCGUGGUUCGAGCACCGGCGGAAGCCAGGAUGUGAUUCCCGGAUCCUCCAUCACGAGGACUUUUAAGAGUUGA